GCGGGGGCGGCGGGGUGGGGGUCGGAAGGGCCUGGACAUGGCGCUGAGGGGCCGCUCCGCGGGAAGAUGAAUAAGGGCUGGCUGGAGCUGGAGAGCGACCCGGGCCUCUUCACCCUCCUGGUGGAAGAUUUCGGUAAGAGUCUUUCUUGCCCGCCGAACCGGGGCUGUGGGGGGCUUCAUCUCUGCGCCCUCGCUGUAGGGCCAGAGGCUGCCCUUCCCGUUCUCUUUCCUUUUGUGAUCGCAGGUGUCAAAGGGGUACAGGUGGAGGAGAUCUAUGACCUUCAGAGCAAAUGCCAGGGCCCUGUGUAUGGAUUCAUCUUCCUGUUCAAAUGGAUCGAAGAACGCAGGUCCCGUCGCAAGGUUUCUACCUUGGUGGAUGAUACCUCCGUGAUUGAUGAUGAUAUUGUGAAUAAUAUGUUCUUUGCUCACCAGCUGAUACCCAACUCUUGUGCCACUCAUGCCUUGCUGAGCGUGCUCCUGAACUGCAGCAAUGUGGACCUGGGGCCCACCUUGAGUCGAAUGAAGGAUUUUACCAAAGGUUUCAGCCCUGAGAGCAAAGGAUAUGCAAUUGGCAAUGCCCCAGAGUUGGCCAAGGCACAUAAUAGCCAUGCCAGGCCAGAGCCACGUCACCUCCCUGAGAAGCAGAAUGGUCUUAGUGCAGUGCGGACCAUGGAGGCAUUCCACUUUGUCAGCUAUGUGCCCAUCACAGGACGGCUCUUUGAACUUGAUGGGCUGAAGGUCUACCCCAUUGACCAUGGGCCCUGGGGGGAGGAUGAAGAGUGGACAGACAAAGCCCGGCGGGUCAUCAUGGAGCGUAUCGGCCUCGCCACUGCAGGGGAGCCCUACCACGACAUCCGCUUCAACCUGAUGGCAGUGGUACCUGACCGCAGGAUCAAGUAUGAGGCCAGGCUGCAUGUGCUGAAGGUGAACCGUCAGACAGUACUGGAGGCUCUGCAGCAGCUGAUUAGAGUAACACAACCUGAGCUGAUUCAGACCCACAAGUCUCAAGAGUCACAGCUGCCUGAGGAGUCCAAGCCAGCCAGCGGCAAGUCCCCCCUUGUGCUGGAGGCAGGCAGGACCCCAGCGGCCUCUGAGGGCACCCACACAGACGGUGUGGAGGAGGUGGCUGGUUCAUGCCCACAAGCUCCAACCCACAGUCCUCCCAGCAAACCCAAGCUGGUGGUGAAGCCUCCAGGGAGCAGCCUCAAUGGGGUUCCCCCCAACCCCACCCCCAUUGUCCAGCGGCUGCCGGCCUUUCUAGACAAUCACAACUAUGCCAAGUCCCCCAUGCAGGAGGAGGAAGACCUGGCAGCAGGUGUGGGCCGAAGUCGUGUUCCAGUCCGCCCACCCCAGCAAUACUCGGAUGAUGAGGAUGACUAUGAGGAUGAUGAGGAAGAUGACGUGCAGAACACCAAUUUUGCCAUCAGAUACAAGCGGAAAGGGACAGGGAAGCCAGGGUCAUUGAGCAGUUCUGCGGAGGGGCAGCUGUCAGUGCUACAGCCCAACACCAUCAACGUCUUGGCUGAGAAGCUCCAAGAGUCCCAGAAAGACCUCUCACUUCCUCUGUCCAUCAAGACUAGCAGUGGGACUGGGAGUCCAGCUGUGGCAGUGCCCACACACUCACAGCCCUCACCCACCCCCAGCAAUGAGAGCACAGACACUGCCUCUGAGAUUGGCAGUGCUUUCAACUCACCUUUGCGCUCACCUAUCCGCUCAGCCAACCCAACACGGCCCUCAAGCCCUGUCACCUCCCACAUCUCCAAGGUGCUUUUUGGAGAGGAUGAUAGCCUGCUACGUGUUGACUGUAUACGCUACAAUCGUGCUGUCCGUGACCUGGGUCCUAUCAUCAGUACAGGCCUGCUACACCUUGCUGAGGAUGGUGUGCUGAGUCCCCUGGCACUGACAGAGAGUGGAAAGGGUUCCUCACCUUCCAUCAGACUGAGCCAAGUCAACCAGGGAUCCAGCAGCCUAGAGGAGAAGGAGGUGGUAGAAGCCACAGAUAGCAGAGAGAAGACUGGGUUGUUCAGGCCCAGUGAGCCCUUGAGUGGGGAGAAGUACUCACCUAAGGAACUGCUGGCAUUGCUAAAGUGUGUGGAGGCUGAGAUUGCAAACUAUGAAGCUUGCCUCAAGGAGGAGGUGGAGAAGAGGAAGAAAUUCAAGAUUGAUGACCAGAGAAGGACCCAUAACUAUGACGAGUUUAUUUGCACCUUCAUCUCCAUGCUGGCUCAGGAAGGCAUGCUGGCCAACCUGGUGGAGCAGAACAUCUCUGUGAGGCGGCGUCAAGGGGUCAGCAUUGGCCGGCUUCAUAAGCAGCGGAAGCCUGACCGGCGGAAACGCUCUCGCCCCUACAAAGCCAAGCGCCAGUGAGGGCUGCUAAUCCUGACUGUAGCCUGCUCUUGCCGUGAGGCCCUAACCAGGGCCCCUCUCUGCCCUGUUCCCUCUUUUCCCAGUAUUACUAAAUAGUUCCAGCUGGAGCCCAGGUCCUGGGAGUGGGAACCAGGUCACUGUCCCUUUAUCAUGCCCUGGGAUCUGGCUGAAGGCAGGUCAGCCCCAUAGUGCUCAGGAAGCAGCAGCUGGAGUUGGGCCACAGCGAGGUGCUGUGGCUUCCUCCACAGCCGGCUGUGGAGUGGCAGGACCUGGCCCUGUUGCCUGGGCAGAAUAUAUAUUUUACCUAUCAGAGACGUCUAUUUUUCUCGGCUCCAACCUAUCUUGCCACUGUAUUAAAGUGGCUGGCUUCCCAACUCUGCUUUCUCUCUUAGCAGCUGUCAUCCUGGUGGGGCCAGGUCUCUGAAUCACACCAGGAUCACAACUGUAGGGUUCUAGCUGGGAGCCUCAAUGGGCAUUGAGCCUUGCUGCUCUAGCCUUAGUUGGCAGCCUGUCCUUGUUGUGAGGAAGCCAGGCCUACUUUCUUCAUUCCUUUUGGGAGAGCGCCAAACUCAGGGACCUGGCUGCUGGGCUGGAAUAGGUAUUGUGUGUCCCAGUGAGAAUGGUAUGAACAGCUUACUGGGGUCCCACAGCCUAGCCGAGAGAAGUGUUCAAACUUGUGUGGUGGCCUGUAAACUGCCCUAGUUCUAGCCAGGCUUGUUGAGACUACUGUCCACAGCAAGGCUCUGGGGCUCUUUGCCUUCAGUGUUAGUGUUGUGGCCCUGGCUAUGGGCCUACUUUGGGCUCCUAGUCUCUGUCCCUGGAGCCUGGGGCUCAGAGGAGCCUCUGCCCAGCCCCUCAGUAUUACCAUGUCUCCCUCCUCUUAGGGAUAGCAGAGACGGCUGCUUGCAGGAAGCUGGUACCACUCAGCUUUUCCUGCUGUGCUGGCUUCUUCAGCCUCUGCAAGGUACUCAGGGUGGGGAAAAGCAGGAUCAAGAUAACCGUUGGAACCCUUGUGUUCCCAGAGGGCUCAAUGCCAAGGGGUAAUGGGCUCAGUACCGCCUGAGCUCAGGCCCCAAAUGUAGCCCUGUGGCCUCUGCUGGAUGGCUUUGAAGGUGAUCCAAACAGGCCCCUUAUCUGUACAUACUGACUAGGGGGGACUGGCAGGUGUGGCAGCUGCCUCUGGGCUGAGCACGGCCUGAACCCCCGGCUCCUGUAAAUACUGGAUCCGUGAAUGAAUAAAACCGCUAAGAAGUGAUCCCUCCUGUGGUUGCUGGCCUAAGGUCUGCAGGUUAGGCUGUGAUGGGAGUGAGGGAGCUAGACCUCCUGGGCCCAAGGCCCUAUGACAAGAGAGCUGGACUAUUAUACUUUCCUGGGGUGUCUGAGCCAGAGAUCCUUGGGACGCUAAUCUGUCUGGGUGGGGGUCUGGGAGUGUCUUCCAUUGGGCUGUGGACAAGGUACACUGUGGGGAGAGGGCUUGGCUUCCACCUGAUUGGUGGCUUUGCACCAGAGGUGCUGGGGCUUUGGGUUGAGGAGACAGGGCUGCCUCUAGUCCUGCCUGGUACAGUUUCUGGAGGAACACAGAGAUCUGGGAGAGCACAUGUCUCAUUCCUUAUAUUAGGACACAUACAGCAGGCCAAAGCUGUCUCUGCUGCUUUCUUCCUUAUUGACCAUGUUCUUUGCUGAGGCUGCUGUGGCUUCUCACCACUAUACUAGCAAUAGGUCCUACAGAGAGGGUCUCAUGCAGGCAGCUAAGGCACAGCUGGA